AUGGUUUAUGUGGACGACAUCUUACUUGCUGGCUCUGAUUUAUCUGAGAUGUCUGCUCUUAAAUCUUUUCUUGAUCUUUCCUUCAUGAUUAAGGAUUUGGGUUCUGUUCACUAUUUUUGGGGAUUAGAGGUUACUUCUCAUCCUUCAGGAUUUCUUAUUAACCAAUGUAAGUAUACUACCGAUUUGUUGAAUGAAUUCAACUAUUCACACUACACUCCUGUAUCCUCUCAACUGGAUCCUACUUUAAAGUUGACCCCUGACAUGGGUGCUCCUUUGCCUGAUCCCACAUCCUUCAGGCAUCUUCCUGGUAAACUAAAUUUUCUUCUGCACACCAGGCCUGAUAUCUCAUUUGCUAUUCAGCAUCUGAGUCAAUUUUUACAUAAUCCAUGUGCACCUCACAUGCUUGCUGGAUUACAUAUUUUGAGGUACCUUAUGAAUGAUCCUGAUCAGGGUAUCUUCAUGCCAUCUUCUCCUUCGGUUGAGAUAUAUGCCUAUGCUAAUUCUGAUUGGGCUGCUUGCCCUGUUUCUAGACAUUCUGUUACUGGCUUUUAUAUAUUCUUUGGGGAUUGCCCUAUUUCUUGGAAAAGUAAGAAACAACCUACCAUUGCUCUUUCCUUAGCUGAAGUUGAAUGUAGAGCUUUAUGUAAGGUUAUUGCUGAGGUUGUUUGGCUCACUCGUUUGUUCACUGACAUGGAUUUAGCUAUUUCCUCUCCUAUUCCUAUAUUUAGUGACAGCCAAGCUGCUCUUCAUAUUGCUCGUAACCCAGUAUUUCAUGAAAGAACAAAGCAUAUCGAGAUUGACUGCCAUUAUGUAUGGGAUUGCCUCACUUCUGGUGCUGUUUCUCUUCAUCAUGUUUCAUAUGCUGCCUAA